GGAGACAGUACAGGAACCAUAAUACAGUUAUCCCACAGUGAUUUUGAAUCUUACCUCUCUUUCUUUCCAUUAUAGAAGGUCAACCGCAGCUCAGCUGAUUCCAUCCCUGUGCAACUAGCUGAGAAGGAAAGAGGGAUGGGGAAUUGCCAGGCAUCUGAGGCAGCUACAGUGUUGAUUCAGCACCCGGAAGGGAAGGUGGAGAGGCUCUACUGGCCGACAACGGCAGCCGAUGUGAUGAAGAGCAACCCGGGCUACUACGUGGCACUUGUCACGCUCUAUGUCUCGGAGGAGAAGGAGGACGGCGGCGGCGGCGGCGCAGUCCGGUUCACCCGAGCACGGCUUCUGAAGGCCAAGGACAUGCUCCUGCUCGGCCAAGUUUAUCGGUUGAUCACCUCCGAAGAGGUUACAAACGCUAUAAAGCAAAGGAAGUAUGAGAAGCUCAAGAAAAGCCAGGCUGAGUUAAUCAGAAAGCAGCAACAAGAGGAGAAACACAGAACAAAUGACAAGUUUAUUGAGGCAGCUCGAGAGGAACAACAGCAACAGGAUUCAGAGAACGCACUUCUGGUGGCAAGGCAGGACAGGGAUAGGCAAAAGAGCAGCACACAAACUGCGGCGGCGAGAAGCCGGCAUUGGCGACCGUCACUGCAGAGCAUCUCAGAGACUUGUGGUGUUCUACAGUAGAAAGGCAGCUCUUGACAGAAUUUAGAGAUAAAAUGUUAUAGCCAGAGACUGCUCAGAGAGUACUUGUAAAAGUUGUGAGACUCUUGAAUUCACAGUUCAUGGUGUAAUAAUUGCCAAAGUUCAGAUAUUAAACAAAAAAACUACAUAUACCA